AUGGGCGUAAAAAGUUGCUUCCGAAGAUUUUUUAAUGCAGAGAUUUGGAAAUUUAAGGACUCGCUUAUCACUGUCCUAGUCCCUCUUCUUUUCCUCCCCCUGAUCGUCAUCGACGGAGAAGAUGACAUCCCCACGACCGAUGGAUCCGGCGUCGUUUAUAGUUCGAAAAAAGUCGCGCGCUUUGGCUACACCUUAAUUGUCAUGGGAAUUUACUGGAUCACGGAAUGUCUUCCUCUUCCCGUGACAGCGGUUCUGCCUUAUGUUCUCUAUCCUCUUCUCGGCCUCCGAUCAGCUGGAAGCGUUUCGAUCAACUACAUGAAAAACACGAAUUUUCUCCUUUUCGGCGGCCUUAUGGUCGCGAUUUCAAUCGAAACUUCUGAACUUCAUCGGCGUUUGGCGCUUUUGACGCUGAAAAUUGUCGGCUCAAGUCCAAGACGGCUUCUUUUGGGCUUCAUGCUGAUCGGUUGGUUUCUUUCAAUGUGGAUUUCAAAUACAGCCGCAGCGGCGAUGACGAUUCCCAUCGCAAUCGCAGUCAUUGAUGAGCUGAAAAAAACUGAAGAAGACGCCCAAAAAGGAAUUGAAAACGCAUCGUUCGAAGAAGCAGAUAAAAAUGAAAUUGAAGUAGUCGAAGAAACAGAUUUUGACAGAAUCGAAGUAAAGCCAAAACGAUCGAAAAAAUCGUCAAAAGCGGAAAAUAUCGGAAAAGCAAUUCUUCUCGCCAUUCCUUAUGCCUGCUCUGUCGGGGGUACUUCUACUCUCACCGGGACGGCCCCGAAUCUGGUGUUGAACGAGUACUGGGCUGAGCAAUACCCCGAUUCGCCAAUUUCAUUGAGCUAUACUGAGUGGAUGGGCUUUGGCAUUGUCAAUUCCAUCUGCAUCCUCAUCGUCAUGAUUGUCUAUCUCAACGUUUUCUUCAUCGGAAUCAGAUGCGACAGCAACAAGGAAGAGGAAAUAGCCGUCAGUAAAAUGAUCGAGAGAAAAUACAAAGAACUGGGAAAAAUUUCAAUGGAAGAGCUCAUCGUCUUGAUAACGUUCAUUACUUUGGUGAUCAUGUGGUUCUUUCGAUCGCCAGGAUUCAUGAAUGGCUGGACGGUUUUGUUCCCCGAACCCAGCUUCAUUUCCGAUGGUGUUCCUGCCGUCUUUUUCGGGGUCCUACUGUUUCUGUUUCCAGCGGAAAAGAGCGGCUUUUGGAAAUGUCCUCAAGAAGGCCCACCUGCUAGAGCGAUUCAUUCGUGGAAAAGCCUCAAUGAAAAAAUGCACUGGGGAAUUCUCCUCCUCAUCGGCGCCGGCUUUGCCAUGGCCGACGGAUCUGACGCUUCUGGCUUCUCAACUUGGGUCGCGAAGAUCCUGGCCGAUCUCGUUGGCGACCUGGAGAAGUGGGCGAUUGUCCUGGUUGUCACAAUUGUCGCGGCACUCUUCACUGAAAUUUGCUCAAACACGGCCGCGGCUUCGUUGUUUAUUCCAAUCUUAGGAGCUCUUGCGAAGGAGUUAUGCUUGCAUCCGCUAAGCUUGCUGAUGCCUGCUGUUUUGGCCUGUUCCUUGUCCUUUAUGCUUCCAGCCGCGACGCCGCCAAAUGCAAUCGCUUUCGGAUCCGGUCGGUUGAAGGUCACGGACAUGAUCAAAUCGGGCGCAAUGGCGAAUAUCAUCGGAAUCCUCAUUGUUAAUUUGAUCACUGCCAGUUAUGGCGCUGCAUAUUUCGACUUCAACGAUGAAGAUUUUGUCAACUGGGCUAAUUUCACUUCCUGUCCUGGCUAUAAUAAAACUAGAAUUUAA